AUGGAGGACAAAGUAUGGGGGACAAGCAUGGGGGACAAAGUAUGGGAGACAAGUGAAAGUAGAGUGGGGACAUGCCUGGGAAGAUGGGAGCGAGAAAUAUUCGAGCACGGUAAAAAAUUAGGUGCUCACAUGGACCACCUGCAGAAGGUCUUAUCCCGAUUGCGGGAGGACGAAUUAUAUAUGAAGCUAUUCAAGUGCUCCUUUGCCCAAAAACAGAUCGACUUCCUCGGACAUGUCAUCGAGGAAGGGCGAAUCAAGAUGGACCAACAGAAGAUUCAAACUAUCAUAGAUUGGCCGCCGCCUAAGGAUAUCCACACCUUAAGGGUGUUCCUUGGCCUUGCCAUUGGUAAAACUCCUAAAGAAAGUCAUGCCUUGGGAUUAGGGUCUCAGAGCAAGAACUGCCAGUUCUACAUAGAAAAUGGGCUCCUGAAGGUGAAAGGGAACCGCCUUUAUGUUCCUAAAGGAGGAGAUCUGCGAAGGACUCUUCUGAUGGAAUUCCAUGAUACUUUGUGGGCUGGCCACCCAGGUGAAGAAUGCACCAUGGCGUUAUUGCGUCGUGCUUAUUAUUGA